UCUUCCCUUACAACAAAUUUAAACCCUCUUCACCUUUCUUCUCUCCUUACAACAAACCAAACCACUUAAAGUUUUAAACACACUUACAAAAUCAUAGUUACAAUUACACACUUUCACUAGCUAUUACACUUUUUGAGGGUUUUUUUUUUCUUCUACUAUAUAUAUGGGGGCAAGCUCGGGUACAGUACUAGAGAUCACAGUUAUAUCAUGCGAAAACCUUCGUGUCACGGAGGAUCCGUACGUUGUCGUUAGGGCAGAGUCCUUAAAGUGUUGCACCACGAAGAUGGCGAAAGAUAGUGGGAGCAACAAAACGGGUUUGUUUUCGUGGAACGAGAAGUUGAUGCUGAACAUGCCCAUGCAUGCAAGGUCCAUCACGUUCGAGGUGCAAUGCAACAGGUUCAAGGGUCUUCGACCCGUCGGGGUGGCAAGAAUUGCGGUUUCCGAUUUUCUCGGCGGCGCUGCCGUGUCGGAAAAUUGCUUGCAUGAGUUGAGUUACCGGCUGAGGGACUGGGAAGGGAAGGGAAACGGGGUGAUUCAUUUCGGGGUGAGGGUGGUGCCGCCGGAGGAACGUUCGAAUGCUGCCGUGAAACCGGUGAAGGGAAUGACGGUGAGUAAGGAUUCCGGUGAUUAUAAGUCAAAUGAAGUUGUUGGUGUCCCGUUUUGGUGGAACUACCCUAACGUUAUUUGAAUAUUUGUAUUUUUCUAUUAUUUUUUUUAUUUGUUGAAUUAAUAUUGGUAAAGGAGGUGUGGAAAUUAAAGUCAAGUGAAAGGUGAAAGGUUCAUGUUAUUUGAGAGAAAUUUUGUCUUGUACGUCAACUUCCAGUAAAACAAAGUAUUAUAUAUAUAGCAGAUGAUGUGCUUGGGAGUCGUGUUUUAGAAUUGAAGGUGUUUUAUUUUAUUUUAUUUUAUUUUAAUAAGUGAUUUUUAGUUGUGUAAA